ACGCACCAACGAGGGAUCUUCGUUGAGUCAGUUGCCGUUUGAAAAAUUGAACUUCACUCAUAAAUACCGCUUGUUUUCGAGAAUUGUCGAUAACACACAGUCAACGGAAUGCAACGUAAUUUCUACAAUUCACCCGGAAAAAUACCUCCUGUGCAAACUUGAAGAGACUGUUUCACCUUAUGGGGUGGUCUAUGGAUUGGAUGUUGUGUGGUGUUGCUUGCUACUGUUUUUAAAACGUUAAGCCAACGUCUACCGUCAGAAAAGGUUCUAAUAUACACAUCGUUUGGUUCGCAGCGCAUCACAUGUACGGACCUUAAGCAUCAGCGACUAUUCAAAAUGUACGGAAUCAUUUUUGUGACCGUUGGAUCUGUAAUUCAGACGGAAUAUGGGAACGAUGUUUGGUUCUCGCUCCUAGACAGAGUGGGCUAUCGCAACACAACCUUUUGCACUCACAGUAUCUAUCCGGACGACUUGGUUAUGAAGCUGGCCAACGCUGCCGUGACAAUAAUCGCAAACGGUUGGACCGUGCAAGAUUUCCUUGCUUACUUUGGCCGCUGUUUCAUCCGUGCAGCUGGAACUUUCGGAUACGAAAAGUUGAUCAAAAGAUGCGGACGAUUUUUUUGCGACUUUCUUUCCGCUAUCGAUACUGUUCAUCUCCAUAUGAAGUACAGAUAUCCUAAAAUGGAUCAUCCUUUUAUUUACGUUUUGGAAGAAGAUGCUGAAGGUGCUUUAAUACAUUACAGGACAUCACGGUGCGGUUUUCCUCCAUUUCUCUACGGUUUAUUACGUCAAGUUGCUGCAGAUUUCUACGGCCUUCAACUUUCGAUGGGCCAUGUUCCAGAUGAGCCAUGUGGUAAUAAUGAAGGAGGCUACAAGUACCAAAUCCGCCUCAACUUUGACAACGGUGAUUACAUGGCCUGCAAAGCGAUUGAACGCGGUGCCAGUAUGACACUAGUGCGGAAAGCAAACUUCCUCACCUCGACAACGGCCAACAUUCAACAGGAAUCGUUGCCUCAACUCUCCAGUUCCAUUCUGCUGCAACUUUUCCCCUUCUGUCUGAUUUUCCGUUCCGACUUAAAGAUAAUCGCUGCUGGCCAUCAGUUAAAACAAAUGUUUUUGUGGCGGAUGUUGAUCGGACAGAUUCUGCCAGACGUUGCAAGAUUGCGUCGUCCUAGAUUAAACCUUACUUGGGACAACUUGGUCACACUUCAGCGCGUCGCAUGCGAACUCGAAAUCAUGCUGUCUAAUAACACGGAAGAAUAUCAACUAUCAAAGAUUUAUAAAACUGUGCCAGACGAACCGAAGUACGAACAGCCUCUCCGUCUUUUUCUUCGUGGAGAGAUGCGUUACGUGAAGGAUUGGCAAGCCAUCAUAUAUCUCUGCAAUCCGCUAAUUAACAACAUCGAUGACCUGUCAGAGGUGGGCCUUGCGCUCAGCGAUCUUAGUUUGCACGGACAUGGUCGCGAAUUGGUGAUGACGGGACAGCAGCAUAGUUCCAGGUUGGAAGAUUUGUACGAACGAGCCGAAGAGAAAGCUAAAGAGCUACAGGUAACUCAUGAACUCCUUGACGAGUGGAAGCGAAGAGGAGACGAGCUGCUUUAUUCCAUGAUUCCCGAAUCCAUCGCCGAGAGUUUGCGACGAGGCAAAGAACCUGUUGAUACUUGUGAAGUUUUCGAAUGUAUCACCGUCUCUUUUGUCGAAAUGACUAACAUAGAGGACAUCAUGAUAAAAAGUGCGCUAGAGGCUGUCAGCUGUAUGAAUUCCGUUUUCUCCGCACUGGACAAGAUCGUUGACCAUCAGCCUAAUGUUUAUAAAGUGGAGACAAUCGGAAAUGUUUACAUGGUCGUAGGAGGGGCACCGACAAGAUGCGAGUCGCACGUCAAAGAUAUAUUUUUAGUUGCCCUUGAAUUCCGUGAUGCAAUCAAUGAACUAUCUACAAAGGUUGGGAUACCCGUCGAAAUUCGCAUAGGUAUUCAUUCCGGUCCAGCGGUUGCUGGAGUUUUGGGAAGGAAAAUGCCUCGCUAUUGUUUUUUUGGCGACACUAUCAACACUGCGGCUAGAAUGCAAACAACCAGUUUGCCGGGGAAAAUUCACAUUUCUAGUACAGUGUACAACCUGAUGCAAUGCUCUGCCGAAUUCCUCUUUGAGAAGCGAGGGACCGUGAUGAUUAAGGGAAAAGGUGAAAUGAAAACUUACUGGCUUUUGCAAUACCAACCGCUUCCUUAUCGUUAAAGGAUAAGGUGCACACAUGUACGGAAAUCUGGAUUAAAUACAAAAAACAAAACAAAAAACAAAACGAACAAACAUUUGACUAAUGACUAGCAACGUACUGCUAUACCAACUUCGUACCAGGAGAAUUCAGGAUUCGGGAAACAUGUGAAUGGGUUAUUGAAUUUUAUUCCUUGUCGUUAAUUGUCCCAUAACCAUUUGAAAAUUGAAUGAUGUCAUUUCAAUUGCGUACUAACUAGAGGAUGCUGGUGGUAUCCGACCAGAAACAAUAAUGAACUGCAGCUGCAUGAAUAUAGGCUAUUAUGCACAAC